UUUUAUUUCCAUUUUAGAACUAUUGUCUAUGCGCGCAUACGUCGACCAAGAAGACAUCAAGGGAGUGACGCCUCUAGGUGCAUGCUGUUGGGACGAUUUCCAUGAGACUGCUGAAGCGCUGAUUCGUCAUGGUGCCGAAAUAGACACCCCAGAUGUUAUGGGAGAAACUCCGCUCUUUCGCGCAUGUGAUCACGUCAGCAUCAACUGUGUACGAGUGCUCAUUGAAAAAGGCUGUGAUGUGAACAUCGCCAAAGAGUCCGGAGAGACGCCACUAAUGGUAGCUCUCCCGUCUUUAACCUACAGCUAUGAGUGUAAGGAAAAGAAAAUCUCCGACAUGUUAGAGAUCUGCCAGAUGUUGAUCAAUGCUGGCUGUGACUUGGACGCUCAAGACUCCAGAGGACGCACGGCUUUGCACCAUGUUGUGGACAACAGAGAUGUCUUUGGGCUUUGUUUACUAGCAGAAAACGGAUGCAAUUUGGAAGUCUGUGACGAAAGCCGUCAAACACCCUUUCAGAAUGCUCUAUUUCAAGCCGUGCCAGCUUUCGAGAUUGCCAGAUUCCUUGUGUACUACGGCGCAAACUGUCGAGAGGAGAUCAGUGUUCGUCGUCAUGGUAGGAUGGAAAUGAAGUCUCCCCUGGCUUUGGCGAUAGAGGCUGCACCGCUCGGAGAUCAGCUCGACAAAGUCCGUGAGCGAUAUUUGCUACUGAGAGUUUUGAAGGAAGCAGCUUACCCAUACCUUGGUGGUCUUUCUUCCAUAAUGGUUUUACCACAAGUGAGUCAAAACCCUCACCCUAUUGAUCAAUACAGGGCAGUCGAGAGGGAAACUGCAGAUUGGAUGCGAUCAGAAGUACCCGUUUCCCUCAAGUUCCAGGCACGGUUGAAACUUCGAGAAAUGUUAGGAGUAAGAAACACCCUAAGUAGGAUUGACUCAUUGCCUGUUGGGAAAUAUUUAAAGAGCUACAUAACGUUCAAUCUUGAGAAAGAGCUGCCGUUAUCAAGAAAUUGCAUGUUGCAUGUGUACAUUAAGGACGGUGAGAACAAGAAGCUGGAAGACCUCUUGCAGAAUGGUGCUGAUGUCAACUUCAUGGUAGACGGGAAAACGCCUCUUGCAACAGCGAUCUCGCAGAAAAAUCUGAAAGCCUUUAGGAUACUGUUCUCUUCUUGUGUCACCUCAAUGGGUCAAAACCCGAUUAAUGCAAAAGGUGACACGCCCGUGCACCUCGCUGCUGCCUAUGGUUUCAUCAACAUUAUCGACGAUAUCAUCCACGCCGGCGGUUCUGUUAACGCGCUCAAUAAGAAAAGAUACACGCCUUUGUACUCCUCCGUGGCAGCCGGUCAUUUUGAAGUAGCCUCGCUUCUGAUCAGACGCGGUGCCGAGGUCAAUGGCGAGGAGAUACUGACCGUUCCCCUACUCCACCUAGCGGCUGCGAGCCACAACAUUGAGGUAGUGGAGAUGAUGUUGGAGAGAGGGGUCGAAGCUAAUCUCAGGGAUCGUCAAGGGAACACACCCCUCCACAUAGUGGCCAGCCAAGCACAUGUGUACCUAGAUCAGCGACUGUGUCUUCCAGCUCUGUACAGGUCAAACUUGGAAAUGAAUCUAGACAUGAUCGCUAUGAACAUGAACGGCCUCAGAGCCAGGCCCACGGUUCCAGGCAAGGAGAAGUACCAGGAUGUAGCAAGGCUACUUUUGGAACACGGAGCAGACGUGACGGUCUACAACUCGCAGUCUUUGACGCCGUUGGAAAUGGCGGAGACAGGAGACGAUCCGAUCCUGAUUGAUAUCCUCAAAAUUAUGACUUAA